AUGGUAUCCCCUGUUCUGAGUCUCAGGCGCAAAACUUCGAACUCUGGGCAUUCUAUGGUACCCUCCCCUUUUACCCCAUUGAUUUCCUCUCCGCGUCCUCUGAGCCCCAAACGGAUUAGGCCAUACGGUCCAGAUGUGGACGUUGAACAGAUGAACCCAUUGGAUGGCGCUGGCGAGAGGAAUGAGGAAGAUGAAAACGAACAAGAAUCACAUGAACAUGAACAUGAAGAAACAGAGGAAGGUAACAGCCAUCAUAGCGGCUCUGACGAGGACGAACAUGACGGCCUGGAGGCAUCUCCUCUACUUCCCAUAUUUUCGGCAUCUCAUCUUGAUAGCCUUCCAACAUACCCCCUGGCCCAUGCCAUUCGGGUAUUGAUUACUUCUCGAAUCGAAACCACUUUGUCCUGGGAUCAACUCCGGUCUCCACAGGUGUCCCAGUUUCUGCUGAAGUCAAUUCAACAGCAAAUUCGCCAAUCUCAUUUUUCGAGAGCAACUCUCUAUGCACUGAUGGCCAAUUGCCUUCAGUUCAAAAAGGAAGUCAAUUCUAGCCCCGGGAAUAGCGGCACAAGCAAUACGCGGGCCAUGGUGUGCGAGCUGCUUGCUAUCAAACUGCUAAAGGAAUACUCUACCAGAGAGUUGAUUGAUGCACUAUCAUAUGAUUUCUAUCCCCUUCAGGAAAAGCCACCGCCAAUGCCAAGCAGCACUCUGCGCACCCUACAACCUUCGAGCCGGCAUAACACCCACAAAUCCAAAUUGGUUCCCCCGCCAAAGGCUGGCCGUAUCUCUUGUUUGGAAAUUGCCAUCCGUGCCCAGGCAAAACGCUUUCUCGCACACCCACUCGUAGUUCAACAGCUCGAAGCUAUCUGGGCAGGUAACAUUGUUUUCCAUUUCGAGGCUGAUAGUUUACAUCGCCCACCACCACCACCGCGCACAAAUACCCGGUCGGGAUACGGGUCAUUUAUGCAAACUAAACAUAACGUCUCUAACCGUAAUGCCGCUACCCCUCGUCGCUCAGUUACUCUCUAUAAUCCUCGAGGCGCUUCUCUAUUCAAACUCUCCCGGCUUAGAGUUCCUCUAUAUCGACAGGUUUUAUCUACGUUGUCCUUCGCCAUCUUACUUGGGCUUUUCCUUGCAGUUAUUCAAAGGAGAUCCUUAGAGAUCACCACUCUGGAGCUUAUAUUCUGGCUUUGGAGCGCAGGGUUUAUGCUUGAUGAGCUUGUCGGAUUCAACGAGCAAGGGUUCAGUCUCUAUUUAAUGAGCUUCUGGAACACAUUCGACGUGGGCAUAUUGCUCUUGCUGUUCUGCUACUAUUGCCUAAGAAUAUAUGGCGUUGUUGCACCUGACAACCGCAAAAAGAUCAUUGCGAACCACGCAUAUGAUGUGUUGGCUGCCAAUGCAGUUCUUCUCCUUCCCCGUCUCUUCUCCGUGCUUGACCACUAUCGCUAUUUUUCCCAACUGCUAAUCGCCUUCCGUAUGAUGGCUGCGGACCUUGUUGCUGUGUUUACCUUAAUAAUAAUUGCUUGCAGUGGUUUCUUUGUUGCAUUUACAUUCUCAUUCGGGAAUGGCGACUCGCCAGGGACCGUUGUCUAUGCCCUUUUUCAGAUGCUAAUGGGUUUUACGCCCGCGGCCUGGCAGCUGUGGGAUAAAUAUAACCUGCUCGGGAAAACAAUACUGACUCUUUUCUUGUUUAUCUGCCAUUUCCUUGUCGUAACGAUACUUAUCACGGUGCUGACGAACUCUUUUAUGGCUAUUGUUCAAAAUGCCAACGAAGAACACCAAUUCGUAUUUGCCGUCAACACUCUUUCAAUGGUUAAGUCAGGUGCUCUGUUCUCAUACGUUGCUCCAACUAACCUCCUGGAGUGGAUAAUAACACCCUUGCGAUUCAUAAUGCCAUUUCCGAAAUAUAUCAAGCUCAAUCGGACAGUGAUCAAGAUUACUCACAUGCCGAUUCUCUUUAUGAUCUACCUAUAUGAAAGAACCAUUCUGAGACCGAAUGUUUUUGAACCUUCUGAUCUAAUUAAUCGUGGUGAUGCUAGGCAGUGGAAUCCUGACCAUCACAACACUUUUGAUGCUUUUACUCGUCGAAACUCCAUACGCGUGAGGGAACCAUCUAUUGCCACGUAUCAGAAGGAUCGGGCUCUUGAUGAGGUAUUUCGAUAUCCAGCCAAACAUGCAAGCUACCGGGGACCGCAAAGGCGAAGGAGCCCUUGCGAACGAGAAGCAAGCAAGGUUGUUGACACCUGGAUGCAAAAUCUUGAGCCCGAGUCCGGGAUACUUUCUCCAGACGCAGAGGAUAUGGACAGGGUGGAAAGGUUGGGAAAGCAACGUUUCUGGAGGCACAGAGCUCGGAUAUAUCCAGAUAGUGUAAAUGGUGCCGUGCGAAACCUUACGGAGACGACGUGUCAGUCAAUAGUUUCGGAUCCGGAAGAUUGGGGAUACGGCACAGUCCACCGCCGUAGAUUACCCCGCGUAUUGCGGUCCUUACCAGUGCCACAAAAUGUCCGACAGUCUUCACAACAAACGGAUAUGGAAGAUGGUGAAGAGCUCACAAGCACCUGCAAUGAGCAAGAUGAUUCUGUUGGAGCUGGGCGCACGUCGAUGCAUGCCAAUGACACAAACUAUCAGGGAGCCCAAUCAUCAACGCCUUCCAGUCUCCGGGGUCUAAUUAGUUCACGAAAGAAGACGUCUCAGCCGUCCACCGCCAAACUUCUCUCACGAAAGAACAGCCCGUCUCGUCGCCCGAAAACUCCGCAACGCCACCAUUUCCGAAAUGCUUCCGGCGCGACAAUCCUCUACAAACCCAGGCAGCCUCAGACAGACGAUCAGUCCGACACUGACAUUAGCCAAGAUGGUAAAAUCAAGCCAAGUUCUAUCCAAUUUGGCGGUGGGCCGAAUGCCCCUAAAAGGCGCUCACCCAAAGGACAUGAUGACUGUGGUGAGAGUACUCACACCGCACCCCGUGCCAUCAAACCGCCUAAACCCAAUUUCAUGCCCGCCUCAGACACCGCGGAUCUAGCAUGGCCCAGCUCAGACCUACACAAGGUGCGCGGCCACUCCUCUCUAGACAUGGGCCUCGGCUCAGACUUGGGGGACAACAAAGCUGUCGGCGGCGGCUUUGUUGGCGGCAUACCGUCCGGGAUCAGCUUCGCGACACAGAUGGCAUACGCUACGGGUUCACUGAGGCGUCCUGCUGUAGCACCGGGCAGUGAUAAUCAAGAUAUGAUGAGCAAGCUUGUGCUGGCGCGGAUGAGGGCGUUGGAGGAUGGGUUUCGCGAUGUUAUUCGGGAGGUGAGGGAGUUGAGGCGGGUGGAGGAGGCGAGGGAUCGGAGGCGGGAUGAGGAGUUGUUGGGGCUUGGGAGGGUGCGGGAACGGCAGCGGGAAAAAGAGUGGGAAAGAGAACAGGCACGGGGGCGGGACCGGGAGCGUGAUAGGAAGAGGAGGAAGGCAAUGAGAUCGCAGGGGGCGCGGAGGAGUAGGGAUAAUACGGAGGUUGGGUUUGAUUCAGAUGGGGUUGAUGCUCGUGACGUAGCUGGACGUCCGGAUGUAGAAGGUCGGGGCGACCCGGCGGUGUUCAGAGGAGUUGGUUCACUUUAG